AUGAGUUCAUAUACUUUUUAUAUGAUUUAUCUAGAUGAGACUACAUAUUUAUUAUUUCGCAAAUGUAAAGAAAUUAUAGAUGGCGUAAAUCAAAAACAUGCAAUGAGUAAUUACAAUGGUGACUGUAAUAUUAGUGAUUAUCAAGAUUCAGAUAUUUUUAACUCCAAUAUUAACGAAAUAUGCUCUCAAUCCUUGGCAUAUUUAAACAAAGUGUAUAAUGAAAGACAAGAUUAUUCAUUAGACAAAUUUGGUUUUAAAUACUUGUAUUAUUGGUUAUAUAAGUAUAAGUUAAAAGGGGGGAAAACAAGAGCAGUUAUUAAAAAUUUUUAUGAGAAAUUAUUGAAUAUAUUUAAUACAUAUUAUAAGAAUUUAUCAUACCAAACGGAUUAUCAAAGUGUUACUGAAGAUGUAUUUGAAAAAUUCAAUGAUUUAGAUGAUAUGCAUAACAGUCUCAUUUUAAUAGGAAAAAAAUGUAAACCUAAUGAAAAUGAUAGUUAUUGCACUAAAAUAUUAGAUAUUAUGAAUAAAUAUAACCCACAAAAUAAAAUCGAGCAUGAUGAAACUUGUACAGGAAAAGAAUUGCAUAACUGUAAAAAUAACAUUGUAGAAGCCAUUAUAAUACCAAUUUUUAU